AUGUCUAGUCGUCAAGGUGGUAAGUUAAAACCAUUAAAACAAAAGAAAAAGCAACAAAAUGAAUAUCUCGAUGAUGAAGACGAAGCUUUCAAACAAAAACAAAAAGCUGAUGCUGCUGCCAAGAAAGCUAUGAUGCAAAAUAUUAAGGCUGGAAAACCACUAGUAGGUGGUGGUGAACAAGGUGUAGGAAAAACCUCACUGAUUACAAGAUUCAUGUAUGAUACCUUUGACGAUCAUUAUCAAGCAACAAUAGGUAUUGAUUUUUUAUCCAAGACAAUGUAUUUAGAUGAUAAAACAAUAAGAUUACAGCUAUGGGACACAGCAGGCCAAGAGCGUUUUAGAUCAUUAAUACCAUCCUAUAUAAGGGACUCACACGUCGCAAUUGUGGUUUACGAUAUUACUAAUAAAAAAUCGUUUGAAUAUAUAGAUAAAUGGGUCGAAGACGUUAAAAAUGAAAGAGACGAGGUUAUAUUAUGUAUUGUUGGAAAUAAGAGCGAUUUAAAUGAACAAAGACAAGUUUCUUCAGAGGAAGGUUCUAAAAAAGCCACGGUUUUGGGUGCUAAGAUUUUCAUUGAAACUUCUUCUAAAGAUGGGUACAAUAUUAAGAAUUUAUUUAAAAGUGUGGCUAAAAGUUUACCAGAAUUUCAAAAUACUAGAGGCACUAAUGGUUCUAAUGGAACUGGGAAUAAAGAUGUGGGAUCUUUAUUAGACGACGCGGAAAAUGGUGAUUCUAAUACUGAUAGCAAUCCAAACAAUACUGAGAAUGCCGGUGUCAUAGAUAUUACUGCCAAUGACAAUGAAAAUGGGAAUUCCUGCCAAUGUUAA